UUCUAAAUGCCUUAAAAUUAACUGUAUACUGCUCGCAUAUUAUCAAUUAAUCAAUUGAUUAUUAAAGUUAAAUGUUCCUACUUUGUCUUGAAAGUCCUUGAAAUCAAGGAUCAAAAAACAAAAAAAUUGGAAUUCGGAAAAGACUGCUGUGAUUUUUUGUCAUUCUUUUAAGGUUAAAAUAAUUUAAGUAGUGUCAAACAAAAAUAUUAAAUAAGUGUAAAUGUGAUAGUGUUGUUGUUUGAGUAGACGUACUAUAUGAAAAAAGAACCUUCCUGCUCGAGACAAUUACAAUGUUUCAAUGUAAAAUUUUACUAGACAAUGAGAAAGCCACAUUUCACACGGACUCCCACGUCUCUGGAAUAUUUAAAUGUUUUUGCAAACACAAUAUCAGAGUCAGAAGUGUGAAAAUUCGACUAGAUUGCAUCGAAUACGUGAAAUGGAACAGAUGUCUUCGCUUUGUAAAAUAUGACAAUUACAAUGUGAUAUACUCCCACGAAGAAAACAUUUUUACCGCGAAGCGGGGAGUUAAAACUUAUCGUACCGGAGAAUUUGCUUAUCCUUUCCGGAUUUUUAUCCCUCGCUAUUUACCAUCAACGUUCACCCACACUUAUGGAAAAGUAUUUUAUUUAAUAACAGGGACCGUAAUUCCCUUCAUUUGGAAUGAUUUCGUAGACACGGUAGUAAUUUUGGUCCAAUCACCAGUGGAACUUUACGGAAUAACGAGGAGUUUUCAAAGAGAGAAAAUCUAUUACAACGAAACAAAAUUCAGACGUUGGAAAUAUGGCAAAGAAGGAAAAUUGGUGAUGCAAGUACGGGUUCCCCGGACUGCUUUCAUGCCCGGGGAUGUUGUUGAUAUUAAAAUUUAUGUGAGGAAUGAGUCUAAUCAGACUGUAAAAAAUUUAAAAGUCAAAUUUUCGAAACGAGUCAAGUUUAAAUCGAUUAAUCCCAAAAACAAGAGUAAGAGACAUGUGGAAACGAUACUCAAGUUCAAAAAAGAAGGGAUUGGUGCUUAUAAAGAACACACUUAUGAUGUAAGAUUAAAUUUUCCUAAAGUUUUGGAUAUACCGAAUUUGUUUUCCUGUACUUUGAUUAAGUUAGAGUUUUCGCUGAAAAUAUGGUGCCAAAUGCCCCCGUGUAUUAAAAAUUUUUCUAUUGAAAUUCUUCCAGAGAUGGGACAUUUUUUCAGUGGGUAUGUAAUCCUAAUAAUCGUUAAUCGCUAUUAACGCUUUUGAUAUUUAAUUUAUUUAGUCAAAAUUUUUAUGCCGAGCAAAAACAUACUGUUUUGAUAAAAUCGAUAAAA